AUGCGCACGGUGUCUUCACUUUGUCCGGCAGUAUGCCGUCUUCUUGCGCUGGCACCCUUGCUUGUUACCGGCGGCCACGCACUCCAGUAUCGCCAGACUAACACAACCGAGUUCGAUUACAUCGUCAUCGGCAGCGGUCCAGGAGGCGGUCCGUUAGCGAGCAAUCUCGCCCGCGCCGGUUUUGAGACAUUGCUGAUCGAGGCUGGCGAUGAUGAGUUCGCCGAUCCCUCAAAUGUCAAGCACUACGACGACCUGCAGCAAGACCUGAGAUAUGAGCAUCUUGUGUGGAAGAAGCCAAACGGUGACCUCUGGGUAGGACCCGGAGGCAGCGAGCCCAACGGUUCUGUGGUCUUGGGGGUCAACUAUCCCCGUGGAGCUGUUCUUGGAGGCUCGUCUAUCAUCAACGCCGGUGCGGUCUUCCUUCCAAGUGACAGUGAUUGGAAUUACAUCGCGGAGAUCACCAACGAUACUACUUGGAACGCGACACACACGCGUGAGUUGUUCGUCAAGCUGGAGAACAACACAUACCUGCCUCGGGGGACGAAAGGUCAUGGGUUUGAUGGAUAUCUCCAGACUGCUAUCGGCGAUGGAACGCAGUACACCAGUGGCGAGCAGGCCGUGGCUGUUCUCAAUGCCACGAUUUCGGAGCUUGGAAAAGAUCCUGCUCAGCUGCAAGAACUUGUGACGGCCGACGCCAACUACGAGGAUCCGAGCCGAGACACGACUGAAGGCCUAUGGGCUCUGCCUUUCCACGCCAACAAGACAUUCGGUCGUUCCAGUGCCAGGGACAGGAUUGUUGCGACCGUCAACGAGAACUUCCCUCUCCAUCUUCAGCUGAAUUCGUACGCUACUCGCAUCCUCUUUGACAAGUCGAACAGCACCGGCACUCCUAAGGCUGUUGGUGUCGAGUUCCUUGAAGGGAAGAGUGUGUAUAAGGGUGACCCGAGAUGGACAGCUUCCAACCAAGGCACGCCCAAGAGUGUCUACGCGCGAAAAGAGGUCAUUCUCCUGCUUCUGAGCGGUAUUGGAAACGCGACGCAUCUCGCCGAGCACAACAUCUCAGUUGUCGCGGACCUUCCGGGCGUUGGUACCAACAUGCAAGACAACCUGGAGAUGGCAGUCACGGGGCUUGCUGCUGAGAACUUCACCUACGCACCUAGGGAUGGCCUGACCAGUGCAAACUGUACUUUCGGCGCGGUUUUCCCGGACCCUUGCUACGACGCCUGGCUCCAAGGGAAGGGCCCAUACACGAACGCCGGUCCAAACUCGAACAUUGCUGUGUUGAAGACGCCACACUCACCCGAUGGGGAGCGCGAUGAGAUUGCAUUCUCUGGAUCAUUUGCCUUCCGCGGAUUCUGGCCAGCUACACCAGGCCAGACCUGGACCGAGCCGCCUAACACCUGGGGGAUACACUCUGUCCGCAUGCACCCGCAGAACCGCGCCGGCUACGUCAAGCUCCGCUCGUCAGACCCGACAGAGAUGCCGGAGAUCAACUUCAGGUACUUCACCACGGGAGCUGAGACGGACAUCGGAGGCAUCAAAGAUUUUGUCGCAUGGGGCCGCCGGGUCCUGCAGCGCGUUGCUGAGCCCACCGGACCCGUCAAUAUUACCAGCCCGCCAUGCCCGACUGGAUAUGUCGCCGAUGGAACCUGCUCGGACGCACAGGCUGAUGAGCAGUUUAUCCGGGAUAACACUUUCGGGCACCAUGUUACAAGCACCUGCCCGAUCGGCCCUGACGAUCACAAACUUGCGGUACUGAACUCGAACUUCCAAGUUCGAGGCGUUGACAGCCUCCGCGUGGUUGAUGCUAGUGCUUUCCCUAGGAUCCCUGGUGCUUUCCCGGUCAUUGCGACGUUUAUUCUUAGUGAGAAGGCUUCUGAGGCUAUCCUAGGUGGAAAGUGA